CACACAAUCAUGUCAUUUUAGAACAAGUCAUGGCGUGCAAAAACUAUUCUCCUAAAUUAGGAGUCAUUUUCAUAAAUACUUGGAAAAUGCCCACUGGAACUCAACGACAGUCACGACCAAACAAGACUAGUGUUUCUUCCAACAAUAAUGCUCGGUAGCAUUAUUGUUCUUCCAAUUCGUCACUUCAAACGUCAUAGUGCCAAAAUCCUCGUCCUCAUAUACAAACCUUUACCCACAAAAAAACUCCACUCAAAACCUCCCCACGCGCCGCCGUCAGUGAUGGCAAAGCCCCACUUCAUAAUCGUGACUCUUCCCGCACAAGGCCACCUCAACCCCUGUCUUCAACUCGCCAAGCGUCUCAUUCAGAUGCAUGUGCAAGUCACCUUUCUUAUCAGCGUCCAUGCUGAACGUCGAAUUUCGAGAAACGACUUUCAAACCCCUGACGGCUUCAAGUUCGCCACCUAUUCCGAUGGCUACGAUGAGGGGUUUAAACCCGGAUCCGAUAGUAAUCACUUCUAUUCUGAAACUAGAAGUAGCAGCUCCCGAAGGCUAAGAGAAAUCAUCGCGACUAGCAGGGAAGAAGGUUGUCCAGUCACGUGCUUGAUCUACAAUUUCCUCCUCCCUUGGGCAGCAAAGGUGGCACGUGAUUGUCAAGUCUGCUCGUCCGUUCUAUGGAUUCAACCAGCUAUGGUAUUGGAUAUCUACCAUUAUUAUUUCAAUGGUUAUAAGGAUGUCAUAAUGGAAAAUUACAAAGACCCUUCAUGGUCUAUAGAAUUACCUGGGUUGCCACUGCUCCAUGCUUGUGACCUCCCCUCUUUGUUAUUUCCUUCAACCUCUAACAGCGCCUACCAUCUCGCAUUGGCAUUAUUCGAAGAGCUGAUAGAGGAUCUAAAUGAUUCAAAGGCUCAAAUCCUUGUUAACACAUUCGAUGCAUUAGAGCCCGAGACCUUGAACGUCAUAGAGAAGUAUAACUGUAUUGCAAUUGGACCCUUAAUUCCAUCAGCUUUCUUGGGCAGAAAAGAUCCCUUAGACACUUCAUUGGUAUGUGACCUCUUUCAGAAAACAACCGACUAUACCGAAUGGCUAAACGGGAAACCCAAAUCGUCAGUGGUUUACGUGUCGUUUGGAAGCCUUGUGAUUCUUCCAAAACCACAAAUGGAAGAGAUUGCCCGCGGUCUGUUGGAAACCCAUCAGCCAUUUUUAUGGGUGAUAAGAGCUCAGGAAAACGGAGAAGAAGAAAACCAAGAAGAUAGGCUAAGUUGCAUGGAAGAGCUAGAACAACAAGGGAAGAUAGUGCCUUGGUGUUCCCAAUUGGAAAUCCUGUCACACCCUUCCUUGGGAUGUUUCGUGACGCACUGUGGGUGGAGCUCUACGUUGGAGAGCUUGUCUUCUGGGAUUCCAGUCGUGGCGUUUCCUCACUUGUCGGAUCAAACGACGAAUGCAAAGAUGAUGGCAGAUGUGUGGAAGAUUGGUGUGAGAGUCAGGGCAGAUGAAGAAGGUAUAGUUAGGAGUGAUGAGGUUAAGAGGUGUAUAGAGAUGGUCAUGAGGGGUGAGGAGAGAGAGGAAGAAAUGAGGAGAAAUGCUAAGAAAUGGAAGGAUUUGGCGAGAGAAGCUGGGAAGGAAGGUGGAUCUUCCGAUGAGAAUCUCAAAGCUUUUGUUGGGGAGGUUGGAGGAGACAAUUAGAUCGAAGUACUAUUGUCUUCUUGUUUCUUUAAGUUGUCAAUAAUUUAACUUUUAAUUUUUUUUCCGGUUAUGAGUUUCAAGGUUGUAUCCCAUUUCACUAGAUGAGUACGAGUAUUUAUGAAUUGUGCAUUAUUUUGUCUA